AUGGAGAGUAAUCCUGAAGGUAACCAAGAGAAUAGAAAGGAGAAUGAGGAAAGUAAUGAGGAAUCCCAGAUAACAACCAAUAAGGAGUUUUGUAGGAUGCCCCUUAUAGAUAAGAUAUGAAUGGGUCCUGUUGAAAAGUACUAUAAAUAUGGAAGAUUUCCAUAUAAAAUGGUUGCGCACUUCCUCUUGGCGCUUGCAUUGGUCGCUCAGAUUUUUCUUGUAGUUAAUUUCAACUCAAGUUAUUCUAUUGCAGUUAAAAGAAAAUUAUUGACUUUGUUCUUUGAUGGAGAAAUGGAACAAGAGGGAUAUCUGACAUUUCGAGAGAGAUACUUCUUUAGUGUCGCAGACGUCAGAGAGCAGGUAAACUUCAUGAUUGACAACUUCUUUGAAAUCCCCGAAUCUGAUUCAAUUGAAGAAUAUCAACUCUCUGAAGAGCUUGAUGAUGAUGGAAUAAAAAGAAUCGCACAUGUUACAAUGAGCCCAUUUUUCAUCCGAAAAGAAGAUAGAAUUCCUUGGGCAUUUCUUGAAAUGAAUCUGACAAAUGAUGAAAGGGGAGCUUUCCAUAUUGAGGAAGAUGGCACACCGAGAUUGCCAGAUGAUCAACUUCGAGACUUCUUUGCGGCUAUGAGUCAUUUUACUCUAACUCUUCUUGUACGGCAUAAUAUCCCAACAACAAAAUUUACGACUUAUGAUUGUUAUCGGUGGAUAGUGAGAGCUGAUUUUCGGAUGAUUAACAAUGGCCAUUAUGCUCAGUUCAACAGGAUGGAUAGGCAGUUUUGCCAAAAUGUCCCUGAGGGAUACAUCCAAACUAACUUCCUUACAAGAUAUUUGUGGGUACUAAUAAUCACCUGAAUCUUUACUAUUCUGAACUUAUAUCUGAACAUAAAGUACAUAAAGGAUAUUACCAACAGUAUUGAGCGCGUGAGGAAGGAACUCAACAAGGAUUAUGAAAAGAAGCAUAGGAAAAAGCUUACAAUUAAUGAUAUUAACAGAAGGAAUGCUACUGAUUCUCAAGAAAUUGGCCUUGAUGAUAUCCAUAAUGGGAACGGAAGUGGUGACGAAUCCCUUGAUGAAGAAGAUAUGAGAUUUAAUUGGUCAGAUCUGACCCUGACUGAUAGAAGAGAGUUGUACUCUGGAUGGAGCUUUAUUAUUAUUCUUGGAAACAUAGUGACUCUUAUUGCAUGCGCAUUUCUGUUAGCUUCUACUUCUACAUCUCAGCGACAAGGAGAAAUCAUGCUCGGAUUUGGAUCAUUUUUGGUUGUUAUCUCCUUAAUGAAAUAUUACGAUAACGCGAAGGUUUACAACAUUGUUUGGAAUACAGCUGUAAAGUCAGCAAGUAUCUUCUUCAAGGCCACAAUCGGAGCUCUACCCAUAUUUAUCGCUUUUGUUCUACUCGCUUUCUGUCUAUUCAAUGGUAACAGAUAUCUAAGUUUCUUCUCCUUCACAUUUUAUUCUUUAUUUACAACGUUAAAUGGAGAUAUUUUGUUCUUUCUGUUUCUAGAACUAAAAGAGAUACAUUUCUUGGUAACCCAGAUAUUCCUAUACAUCUUCCUAUUCAUUUGCAUUGCCAUUAUCUUCAACAUCAUUGUUGUGAUUGUAGGAGAUGGAUACAUCGCUGCUAAGACAUACUCCAAAUAUGACUGGAUCAAGGAGAAGGAAGAGUAUGAGGAGGAAGUAGUCAAGAACAUCAGUACUUUCUUCAGUCAGAACAUCGAGGGUGAAGACCCCCUCGAACCUUUCAGAUCAGAUUCUGUUGUUGAAGAGCGAAGAAAGAACAGGAUUAGAAUUAUUCUGAUUAAAGAUAAAGAACUUCAUAGAUUAAGAUUCGCCCAAUCACUUGGAAUUCCUGUGGAUCAACUUCCAAAGAAGAGUGCUUUGGAUGAAACUCCAAUUCAGGCUUUGACUAAGAACCAUGAUUCCUUAUCGAACAAAUCUAAGGAAUGCUUGAGGACUCUUAAUACACUUCAAAAGAGCAUUAUUAAAAAGACAGAUGAUGAGUCUGAUGAAGAUAAAGAGGAUUAUGCUGACAGGCUCAACUCCUGAAUAACCAAACUUCAUAAAAGGAUCCAGGAUAUUAAGUAUAAAGUUGAGGUUGAUAGAAUAUCUCAUUUGAAUGGUGGCCGCCCACGAGUUGAAGAGACUAAAGAAGACCCAAGAACUGAUUAGAUAUAAAUCUCUUCAACAAA